AUGACCAAGACCGGGAUCAGGACCAUUCACGUGCCCCAUCUGGGGGGUAUCGACGCGGCAUAUCAGAUGCCACGAGAAUACAACCCCGCCAAACCGACCGUCGUCUUGAUCAAUGCCUUCACUACCUCGUCGGAGCUCUACCGCGCUCAAUUUGAGGACGAAGAACUUGCGGCAGCCGUAAAUUUAAUCGCAAUCGAGCUUCUUGGCCAUGGACAGACCCGGACCACGCGAGAGCACUGGACAUACUGGGACACGGCGGAGAUGAAUCUGCAGGUCCUGGACGCGAUGAAAAUCGAUCGUGCCUUUGUCCUGGGAACGAGCCAAGGUGGUUGGGUGACGGUGCAGAUGGCCUUGUUGCGACCGGAUAAGAUUCAAGGAAUUCUCCCCCUGGGUACAUCAAUGGACGGUGAGUCUGAACGUACCCGAAAGUUGGACUGUUGGGAUGGUCCAGCGAUCGUUUCGAGCUUCAUCAAACAGUGGGCGAGCUCCGAGCCCACCGCCUCCUUCGAGCCAGACGACGCGUAUUGCGAUUCUGUCAUGAGCAUUGGACUGAACAAGGUCUCGCCCGAGCUUCAAGAGUUCUGGAGAAAGACCAUCAAGGCCAACUAUCAGGGGGAAGAGGGCCGUCAGCGUAUUCGCAUGGCAGCCAUCAAUCUUGCAGAGCGAGGGGGAUUGCAUCUUCGCCUGCCAGAUGUGCGGUGUCCGGUCUUGUGGUUGCACGGCACACAAGACGCCGUGUACUCGCUGGCGAACGCGGAAGAGGAGAUUCAACUUUUCACAUCGUCGCCCUCUGCGAACCUGGUGCCUAUCGAAGGUGGGGCGCAUUUCCUCAGCGCGUCCCAUCCGCGCGAGGUGAAUGCAGCCUUGUUGCAGUUUGUGAAGGCCCGUCAAUGA